AUGGAUUCAGAUAGCUCAUCGGACGAGGGCCCAGAUAUUGGCCCUUCGUUUACUGCGAAAGCGACUAAAUCGCUGCUGGAGCCUCUACGUCCCCUGGUUUCGAAAAAUGCCCUAACCGCAUAUUUGGGGACUUUUCUAUUCAUUGCGACUGCUAUAUUCAUGAUAUUUGUGUCGAUUUUCGCUUACGGGAUAUUCUACUACAACUUCAUCCCGCAGGUCGGGCUGGAGCGCAUUGUUCAUCUGCAAUUCGGCGAUGGGCAUCCUUGGGGAACUGCGGUCCUUGAUUCGGGCCUAGUAUCCUCCCAACCUUACGAUGUGCACGUGGAAGUUGAGCUUCCCCGAACACCCUCAAACCUAGACACUGGGAACUUUAUGCUAGAUCUCACGCUUUUUUCACAUUCUUCUACGUCCGCGCAGACUGGCGAGAACACCACCGCGCCGCCAAUUUCUCGCUCUCGUCGACCCGCGAUCCUGACUUAUACCUCCCCGCUGAUCGAUAUCGCCUCGAAGAUCUCGUUCAUGCCUUUAUAUGUUCUAGGCUGGAAGCAGGAAACGGAACGACUGGUGGUGCGGAUGAUGGAGGGUGUUGAAUUCUCGCGCGGUGCUCACAACAUACCUGAGACCUUGCGUUUGGAGCUCAAUAGCAAAGAAGAGAUGCAGGUUUACUCGGCCAAGGUAACGUUCAGGACUAGGUUUACGGGGAUACGGUGGAUUAUGUACCAGUGGAGGAUGCCAUCUUUCUUCAUCUUCAGCUUCAUGUUCUGGGCUGUCUCUAUGUUCUCUUUCUCCCUCUGCUGGGUUACCCUCGCCUGUUUGUUUAAUACAGGUGUGAAGGAAGAAGAAGAGGAGGAAGACGAGAACAGAGUCAAGACAGAGGAUGAGAGUAAAAAUGAGCCCACGAUCAAGGAGGAGCCUUCCGAAAAGCUCGAACUCCCGGAGGCCGAAUAUAGCUCCGAACUUUCAGAAAGGGAGCCCGAGACAGAAUCAGAUGAUGAAUUGGGUCAUGAUACGCAUCGUAAAGACCAAAUAAUGGCCCCAGAGUCAGGGCCGCCCUCGGAGGCUGCAGGCUCUGGAACGGCGACAGAAAACGCCGAGGCUUCAGGGAUCCAGCGGCGACGGAGCCGUCUAUUUAGGGAGGAGCAACCAUAG